UGGGUUGUCAUUGGAUGUGAAGGCAUGCAAACACUGUCUCAGACUGUCAUCGCGUGAUUGAUUGAGUGAUUGGAUCAGUUGUAUGAAGACAAGCCAUUGUAUGCUUUCACUCAUUCGUACAUAUGUUUAAUGAUCUGAAAAUCUAAUACCAAUCGUGUUGUCUAUUGAUCGCGUGAUUACUGGUUAUAAGUCAUACAAUAAUAGCAAGUCUUGAAUGUUAUAUAACAGUGGACGCAAUCAUUAGUGCAUUACUAUUGCAUUAUUGCAUUACAAUGGCAUUGGUGUUGACGUGACUUCACAUUGCAUUGCAAACCAAUGAAUCAAUUCAUUUGAACACAACUUGAUUGCCACUAAACCAAAGCUCUAAGCAAAUAGUGCCGUAAUUGCCACCAAUUGACUCAUUGGUCACAUUUGCAACCAACCAAUCCAUACGUGUAGGCAAUUGAGCGCCAAUUUGCCCAUUAAUUAGUGUCUAAGUGUUGCCGGCAGUGGACAGGGAGUGCAAUGGGAGCACAGGUGUCACGCAAUGACUACGAAUGGGUCUUCACUGACGAACCACACGCCACCCGAAGAGCUCUAAUUCUGGCCAAAUAUCCGCAGAUAAAGAAGUUGAUGAAAGUGGACCCACACUUCAAAUGGACAGUACUUCUCAUGGUUUUGACGCAAAUCGUGUCGUUUUAUUUGCUGAGAAACACGACAUCCUUUUGGUUGCUACUAGUGGUGGCCUAUUGUUUCGGUGGUGUUAUCAACCAUUCAUUAAUUGCCAUAUUCUUCAGUUAA